CAAAUGUCAAUUUCUAAUUAAUAUUCAAUCACAGAAUAAUCAAGUUAAGUAUCACCUAUUUCUUUCCCCGACACAUUCCACAGAAGUUUGACAGUAAUCCUAUAUAUCUUUUCUAGGAAUUUGUAACUUCCCUCGAUGUUUCAAGCAUACAUUGCCAUGGACUUUGCACUAUUAUAAGAGGUAACACUGGUAUAUUUCUUCGCGUGUCUCAAAAUCGGCUGGAAGGUUAUGCAAAAUGGCCUCUGACAAAUCGAAAAGCAUCGAUAGCAUGGGAGUUGAGGAGAUUUUUGCAACGAUGAGGACCCUUGGUGUAUCUUUCGACGGAGUGAACACGAUUGACGACAUGAGGACUCGAGUAAAGGCAGCAUUAAAUCGGGCAGAAAAGACGUCGAGCUGGUCAGCAGGACAAGUACGGUAUUUAUUCCUGUCAGUAAAAUUUCGAGACAAUUUUGGCUGGUAUUUACUUAAUAGCUUACAUAAGCGUCGUUAGUGAUUGCUUAUGAAUCCAUGCGAGAAAAAGGAGUUGAAGGUUAUUGCUCAAAAGGAAAGACAAUAGACUACAUAUUCAUAAUAGUUUUAAUUUCAUUUCAAUUGUUUAUUUUAUGUACUGAUCCCACAAGAUCCUCAGCUUUUCCUUUCUUAAGCGAAAGAAACCUUCUAUAUAUUUUUCCGGUCUAUCAUUAGCAAGCGAGAAAUGUGGCUCCAGAGGCGGAAAAUUAUUUACAGUAUCUAGAAUGUGAAACCGAAAGUCUUCCGCAACUGACGCUCCCAUCUCACCGAUCACGUGACAAAACGUCAAUGGCCCGGAACAAGAUAACAAAGUGAAACGGUAUUAGAUCUGCUUUAAACCCGUUCGUUUCAAAAAUUUAUUUCUCAAAUAACAAAAAAAAUCCCCAAAAUAUAAAGUACACAAGUCUAUCAAGAGAGACCUGAGCUUUCAGAAAAUUGAUAUCCGAAGGAAGCGUAACGUUUGAAUUUCGGAUUUAUAUCGCAGGCUUAAAAAAUCAAGAAUUGCAUACUCUAUAACUAGCUAGGAAUAAAAAGCAAAUUGAAACUGACUUAUACUAAGAUAGUUAAUUUACCUUUAAAUUCCCAGCAUUGUUCGUCAAUUUUUUUCUUUAGCGGGUGGAAUUUUUGUUGUAAGCCCUUCGUAUAAUGUCCUGAGACAUUUAAUUAAUAUUUAGGGGCGUCUGGAAAAGCGGGAAACCGGAAUCCGGAAUCCGGAAUAGGAACGGGAAUAGGAACAGGAACAGGAACAGGAACAGGAACUGGAACCGGAGAAGGAACCGGAAUGGGAAGAAAAACCUAUAUAAAAACAGGGACAACAUUUACUUUAAUUGAAGUUAAUCUGAAUUUAAUUCCAGUCCAGAUAUACGAAUGUUAAGGGAGAAUAUGGAAUAGUAACCGGAAUAGGAAGGGGAAUAUAAACAGUGUAUAGAAAUAUGAAAUGAAAAAGAUAUAAUCGUGAUAUAAAUAAAAAGCCAGGGAAAUAAUUAUAAGGAAACAAGAAAACACCCCUGAAAUGUUAAUCUAAUAAACCUUUCUUUAUCUUUAGCCUAUGACACAUUAGGGCCAUUUAUACGAGGAAAAAUAAGACCAGUCUUACAUAAGACGCGUCUUAAAUAAGACGUGAACUGUACCAUUUAUACGAGCAUGUCUUAUCUAAUACUGAGACGCGUCUUAGCUAAGCCGCGUCUUAUUUUGGACGAAAUGUGCCGUUUAUACGGAAAGUUCGCGUCUUGUUUAGGACGCGUCUUAUUUUUCCUCGUAUAAAUGGCCCUAUUGUGUUUUCGUGUCAAACAUAGCGAACUUAAGCAACGAGAACGCUGACCGUCGCUUGAUGGAACGCUUCUGUCUCACACAACAAAUCUGAAUUCUUCCUCUUACCUUCCACUGUGCGAAUUUGUUGAGUCAGAGGACUGAAAGACAGAAAACAUCCACUUCCAGUUUCCAUUUUUAAUGUCCUGGACGUCAACGUUGUGGUUGCUUAUUAAGGUCCCUAUUGCACUCGGUUGAGGUAGAUGAAGUGCUGGCUGGGAUGGGGAUGGGGGGGGGGGGGGGGGGGAGGCACGUCUUAAUACCCUUUUUAAGCUGUGGACUAUCUAUCUCUGGUUAACUUCCGAAUUUAGCACAGUACAAUAUAUCUAUGCAGCAAACCUGAGGUGUAUGGCAGCCCAAUAAACAUCUCCGAUGGGUGUCUCGUUUACACAUGGUCUGACAAAUAAUAUUAACAUGUGAUAACCUCCUUCCUGCGAGGGACAAAAGGAACCUUAUGAGAUCUGACAACGGCAACGCCAGCGAAAACGCCACUGAAAAAUUGAAUUCGGGUCUUAAUUCAAACUAUUUCUCAUUAAUUCAAAAUUGUCCAGUGUUUUAAAGGUUGGGAAAUGAAGCUGGAGACCGCGUCCGAGCUCAGAAAGAGACAAUAAAAUUUAUCGCCUGCUGUUCACGUUCUCAAGAGAACUUAAGAUUUGACCAUUUACGUCGUAGUUGUGCAUAGACGGUGAAGAAAUUGACAGAAAGCGCGAUGCACUCGCAAAGCUGUUGCUUUAUUUAUUUAUAUUGCGGCUUUUUCUACCUUCUUGUUGCCGUAAUGUAAAGAGAUUCGGGGGGAGCAUGAUACCAGACUAGUUUUGUUAUUUUUUGUAUAAAUUUAAUUAGAAUUAAAAUAAUUUAAAGUAAAUGAUGUCUCUGUUCUUGGAUCGGUUCCCCUUUACAUUACUGUUCCUGUUCCGUUGCCGUUGCCGUUUCCGGUUCCGGUUCCGGUUCCGGUUCCGGUUCCUGUUCCCAUUCCCGUUCCUAUUCCGGAAUCCGGUUUCCGGCUUUUCCAGACGCCCAAUAUUUAGCCCUUGCUGAACGUUUCUGUCGCUGCUGCACAUUUAUUAUAGUUGCUGUAGUUUCUGUAACUGCACUGAUUAAGUUCCUGUGUAGCUGCUGUAGUAAUUGAAGUUGUUGUAGUUCCUAUAGUUGCAGCAGUUGUUAUAGUUGCUGUAGUUGUGAUAGUUCCCGUGUAGUUGUUGUUUAGUAGUUGUUGUACUACUGUAGUUGUUGUAUAACAGUUGUUGCAGUUUUAGUAGUUGCUGCAGUCUCUGUAUAACAUUUCUUGUAGUUUUAGUAGUUGCUGUAGUUGUUGUAGUUAUUGUAGUUGCGGUUUUUGUAGUUGUGGUAGUUCCUGUAGUCUCUGCAGUUGAGUGCUGUAGUUGUUGUAGUUAUUGUGAGUUGCCUUAGUUGCUGUAAUUGUUGUAGUUGCUGUAGUUCUUGUAGUUGCUAUAGGUAUUAUAGUUGCUGUAUUUGUUGUAGUUACUGUAGUUGUUGUAGUUAUUGUAGUUGGUGCAGUACAUAACUAUAGUACAUACAGUUGGUGUAGUUGUUGUAGUUGCAGUUAGUAGUUCCUGUAAUCCAUGCUGUAGUUCUAACUACUACAACUGCAACAACCACAAUAACUACACAAGUACAGUAACUACGAUAACUACAGCAGUUACAAUAACUACUAAAAUCCCAACAACUACAACAACUACACAACUACAGUAUAACUAAGUACAGCAACUACAAUAACUACUACAACUACAACAGCUACAGUAACUACAAUAACUAACAAUAACUACUACAACUACAUCAACUAGAGUAAGUAACUACAAUAAAUACAACAACUACAGCAAUUCCAAUAACUACAAGAACCACAGCAAUGACAAAGUAUGGACAUAAAAGGCAUGGAUGUCUCGGGACAUUAUACACAAGGCUUACAUGAAUUACCGACCGUAGUUUCUCAUCUUUUUACAUAAAUUCGUUUUUAGUGUGCCUAACACAGCCGCAUAAUCGCCCUUAGUUCGCCCUUAAUUUUUGUCACGCGCUACGCUGUUUACUUCGAGGCCAUUUUGAACAAGUCAAGUCAAUUAUUAUUUAAACUCGCACAGAAUAAUUAUAAUUUAUACAAAUUAGUGCUUUAAAAUGUAAAAUCGAGAGAUUGUGGAGGGAAAGAGAAUUUCAGUUGUGGGUUCAUUGUGCAGAGUUUGGGACACCUAAAUAGUUCGUGGAACUUGUAACCGAGUAGGUGACCCCAACAAGAAUAUGAGUAGAAGGAAGAUAGAUACAAAAUAAUUAUUUUAAAUAAAAAGUAUUACUUCAUUAGUUAAAUAGUAGUUAAGAUAAUAUAAUCGUAAAAUAUUAGGAAUCAAUAAUAGUAUUAUAACCAUCAAUCACAGAAUUCUUGAUAUAUUGACGAAAACUGGAAAACGGCUUGAUUUUCGUAACAUCAAUAGAUAAAGAAUUCCAAAGUUUUGGACCAGUGUAACUCAGAGAACGAAUGCCGUAUUGAGUGGUAUGAACAGAUUUAACAAACAGAUUAUCAAUCUGUGAUUGGCGUGUAUUAUUUGAAUGAAUUGAAGAUACUGGGUUAAAAUAAUUAACAAAACAAGAAGGCGGCUUAGUUUAUGGUACCACUGAUAAACAAAAGAGAGAAUUUCAAGAUGAAUUAUAUCAGAGAAUUCUGGGAGUCUGAGAGACCUCAGCAAUGGCUCAGAAUGAGAUCUAGGGUCGGAAAAAGUCAUUAUUCUGACGACUCGUUUUUACAAAGUAGUUACUGGUUUUAGGUAGGUUGGGUAUGUCAGACCCCAAACUUGAAUACCAUAAGUAAGAAAAGAGGUAAAUAAGGGAAUAGUAAAGCAUAAUAAGUAUAUCAAUUUUAACAUAGUAGCUUAAUUUGGAAAAUAUACCUACAGUUUUCGAUAGUUUUAAGCAGAGUUCAUUAACAUGAUUUUUCCAAGUCAAGUUUGAGUCAAAAGUGAGACCUAAGUAUUUGACCGAGGAAACUUCUUGAAUGUUCACACCAUCAAUUUUUAGAUUUAAUGACUUAUAUGGUUUAAGUCUCUUAGAGUAAAAAAGAACAAAAUUAGUCUUCAAAAUAUUGAGAGCUAGUCUAUUAGAUUUCAUCCACUCAACCACUGCAUGGAGCUCUUGAUUUAGGAUUAGUUCAAGAUCGUUAAGGUUUUUACUUGAAAAAUAUAUAUUAGUGUCAUCAGUAUAUAUAUAUAUAUUAAUGUUACCAGUAAACCGCUGAUCUUAAUGUUUGUUGUGACAAUGACCCGAUUAUAGCACGGAAAGAGGCGACGAAAUGCGAAAAUCUUCGUUUGAACUUGUUUAAGUUGGUGAUGUGCUCUCAACAAUAUUUUAGCCUUAGCAUCGCGGUAAUUUGCAUAACACGUCAUUUUAACUGUUUGCGGCUGGUUUUCACUAGCGAAUGAGUCGUAAGCGGAGUCAUAAGCGCGACGGAAUCGGAUUCAGAAGAAUCAGAACGUUUCCAUUUCUUCCGACUCUGCUUACCACUCCGUCGCUUACGUCCCGCUUAUGAUCUAGUGAAAACCAGAUUGUCGGAGUCGGAAGCAGAAGCGGAAGGAUAAACCAAUCACAAUGCACGUUCCUACGCGUUGUGAUUGGUUUAGUUCUUCCGCUUCUGCUUCCGGUGAAUCCCUGAGCAUCAGUCUGUUAGUUGAUGGCUUCUAUUAUAAAUACAGACAAAUAAAUUAGGCAUCUUAUAAAUAGGAACACAAAAUGGAAAAAUCCGUAUUAAUAUACGAGGUUAACCCUGAGGUUAACAUUGACAGCUGGUUUAACAUGGAAAACUGCACUGGUACGCGUCCGGAUUAUUAUUGACCGUCAUUAGUUGUUUCAGUUUCAAGAUCGUGUUGAGGGUGCUAGUAUUCAUCGAAACGAGCGUAACAUCCAGCCCUCAUCGAGCGAAAAUCACUGUCGAAAAUGAACCAAUUCGUUCUACCGAAAGUAGAGCCUCCCUCAUGCAAAACCUCAACCUCCAGUUCGUAAUUUACGGUUGAAUUUUCACGGCACUUUGUAACAACUCAAUGAUAGUGUUCUUGGAAUAAAUUCUUCCUAUCACAGGGCAAAGAGGAGUUAUUUGUGAACUUGAUUGUUGAUUGUAGUUAAAAAGUUACAGUUGAUACCGCCCAUAGUCAGAGUGCUUUCGAAAUUUUCUUGUCUAAUGUUAAUUUACUUUCUUCAGGCCUUUUCAAUUUUAUCUGAGGCCAAAGAAGAGGAUGCCAGAAAAAGACAGGACUUGCUAAGCUAUUACGCUAAAGCCGAUGCCCUUUUGAGAAAAAUGGAUGAACCGAUGCUAGCUUUACUUCAGAGGCACACAAAAAAUGUAAAAGAGAAUAUGAAGUGGCAUGAAAAACAGCUGAAGCAGACGCAGUACUUUCUUCUUGUUGCAGGUAAAAUGAUACAAAAGUCACAGUCACCAUUUUUGGGUGUGUUAUAUUGACCGCGUUCAUUGCAUUGUAUCACAGGCGGACCAUCCGAACUGUUCGAGGGAUCGUGAUGUCACGCGCGACACGUGAUCCCAUACAUUAACUGUAUUUCGUAACGCCCGCACCCGGCUUGAUUCAAGUGAUCAGUAGAAAUGCUUCAUAAAACACAGAAUUUUGCACCUUUAGAUCCCAAAUGUUGAUAUAACGUGAGAAAAAUGAAUCAAGAUAACUUAACGUUUGUUCUUAGUGUCGUGUUCUGCGAUUUUGUGGCGUUUUCAGUCGCUUGAAACUGACACCCCCGUCGGGGGUCAGGAGCACCUCGGCUCAGUUUUGAAAAGACAUAUCGCGGAUUUCUCUGAUUUCUUCUAAAUUAUACAAAUUUUACACCACGUUCACACCACGUUCACUGUGUAUUUAGAAACUACACUGCUCAAAGGCAGAAGUAUGCAUGUAUGCUCAGGCAAGCAACCUUAUCCGAGUGACAGUGCAAUUUUUUUAAUAUGCAGCAGUAGGGUAGCUUUAACAGGAACUACGAUAUCCUAUCCUCUGGGGCCCGGGGGCGGGGGGGUGGGGUUCCUGAAGAUUAAAAGGGUCUUGCCGAUUCUUUUUAACGCUCUAAUAGCGGAGUGGAGUGGAGAGAGGGCAACAAUUGGCAUUUACAAUAAGAACUGAUAAACUUGUAGUCUUCCAUUAACAUAAAAUCAGUAAAAUUAAUGUCAUUUGUGGUCUUAGUUAAAAGAUAUUUAAAAUUUCCAAUCUCUCUUUGCCUUCCUUAAAAAGCCAUCCAAUAGAUUGGCUACUGCGCUGGUCAUUUUGGUCAUUUGCAGGUGAAACAUCCUCUGGUAAAAGUAGCUUGAUCAAUCUUAUUCUUGGAGAGGACAUUCUACCGUGCAGUACUGCCACCACAACGUCCACCAUAUGUGAACUGAAGUAUGGAGAGACACCUACAAUGGUGGUGCACUUUAAAGACAAGGAUCCUGAAACAGGAGAGACGACUAAAAAAAUUCCACUCCACAAACCUAAUGAUCAAAGUAGUUAUCUUGAGCAGAUCUCGACUUACGUCCACCAGAAAGGUUCGAUGUUGAAAAAGGUUGAGCUUUUCUGGCCUCAUGAACUUUUACAGGUGAUUAUUUUAUAUUCUGUCUGCAGCGGAAUAAGGAUCUAGAACGCGAGCGGCUACAAACACUGAGCUGCUAAAAUUUCUACGAUCAGCACCUGUUAUAGAAGAGCGCAUUAACCAACCUAAACAAUUUCACUGUACGGCCAUACCAUAUACCAUGUACCAUGCAUGCCAUGCUAAACUGCUCCACCAAUAAUAGCGAAGCUCUCUCGCGCGCGCAGCCGAGCACCACGGGUAAGAAAAUUUAGUUAUCUAUGCACCCGAGAAAUUUUGGUGCUCACGUGUGCGUCCGCUCCAUAGGGAAACCAAUAUGAAAUGUCACAUUUCUAGCUUGAAUGGGAGCCUGUAAACUAUGUUUAACUUGAUAAUAGAUAUCUUAUCAUGGUAAAUUGACAGCUGUCAAAACAGGGUGUCCGCUGACCAGCAUCACAUGAGGUAGCAACCCAGGUGCCAAUCCAUCGAGGUCACGUGUUUUCUGGGGUUUUUCCGCUGAGCAGUUAUGAAGCUUUAAAUUGAUCGCAGGCUCAAGUUUAUGUUUUUAGCGGGUCCUCAAAAGUCACAUGGUCCUCCACUAAAGUUAAGUACAGAUUUGUGGAUUUCUUUGCAACGGUUCCAAGUUCAUUCUCCACAGUAAAUUAUAAAUGCAUAAACGGAAGUCUAUAUAUAAUAAACGGAAAUCUAUAUGCUGAACCAAACCAAAGGUGUUAUGGAGGUUCCUGCAGAUCACUACGAGGAAUUUUAUGAAAACUAUAUUCUCAAGAUUUCGUAGAAAAUCCUAAAAUUACAGGGAAAUGGUGAAAAUUUUGAUUUUUUAGGAACUUAUGGGAUUUGUUUUGCAAUGGUAUCCCCUGAAUUAGUACCAGUUAAAAUAAAUUUAAUUGUAAAGUUACAGUGAAUAAAAUAGCCUUAAGCACAGCCAUAGGUUGUUUUUGAAUGCGGAGAGAAAUGUAAAACCGCCCUCUUGCGGGCUAACCCCGAGAAGGUUUCUUGCUCUCAGUAACUUUUGCCCUUCUGUGGUACAUUUGUGUUUUACCUUGUUUUUAAGAUAAAAUUCAAUUGUUUUGCAAUGAUCCAUAUGCUCUUAUCUGAAUUACAGAAAGGAAUAGUGAUCAUUGACAGUCCUGGUGUUGGAGAGUCUGACGAAAUGGACGAGAUGGUGAUUAAGUAUCUGCCUGAAGCUUUUGCUUUUAUAUAUGUCGCUAACAGUUCAAUUGCAGGGGGAGUCAAAAAAGACAGAGUAAGUACCUGGAUUAUUGUGAGUCCGUUCCGGCAAUUUACACGGAUCGAAGCUAGGCCUGUCCCGCUUGCGCUCGUAAAGUGCUAGAACGUUGCUUCCUGGAAUGCUAAAACGUUGCUAAGAAAUUGCCAAAAAUCUAAACACUUAUGCUACCCAAUUUUCUAAAGUUUCUACCUAAAUUUCUUGAUAUUUUUAAACAAAAGUGAAUUAGAAAGCUCUUUUUUUGUUUUUCGUAAUAAUUACUCACAUCAGUCAAGAAAUAAAGUCUAAAACUUACCUUUAAAGAGUUUUUCACUUAAUAUGGGCGAAAUUUAAGGAUACCAUGCUAAGCGAAUUUUAAUACGUUGUAUGAAAAUAAAUCUUUUUCUCUAUUUUUGAACGAAAUGUUUAUUAAAGUUCAUUCUUUAUUAAAGCUUACCUUGUACAGACUGUCUUACAGGCCUCUUAGGAUGCCGAGAGCCCGUAAGCGACACUACCACACUAUUAAUUAUUCAUACGGCAAAAAUUUUAGAAGACGUUGUACGAGAAAUAUUCUUUGUUCUAUUGUUCCAUAAAUGAGCUAAAAUAAAAUGUGCAUUAAAUUCCACUUAAUUUCAAGCUUACCUUUUCUGUGUUGUCUUGUGUUUAUUUCUGCUGACUGCAUUUCAGGCCCGGUUAGGCACGUUUAACUAUGCCUUUUCAGCCCUGCGAAAUGUCAAGUUGGAAAGGUUAUGCGUUCAAAAGGUUGAUAAACAUUCAAGAAAUUCGCAUAGAAACUGAAGUCUUCUAUGAAAUCGUUGAGUUUUUCAUGCUUGAUAUGUGCUAUAAACCUAUAUUUUGCUCAAAUAUUGCUCAGAAAGGCAAAAACUUACUCGAGGUUGCUUGAACCGCAACAAUUGCUUCAAACGUCAAAAGUUGCCGAGCAAAAUCGGGGCAGGCCUAAUCGAAGCUAAGAGUAUUAACUAUUCGAUAUUAGCGGAAACGGGGCAAUUAUUCUAGAGAGCAAAAAAAAAAAUAAGGGGCCAUUACAAAGGGAAUUUGCUUAAAAACGCACUUGGAGUAUGAAUCCUGAAAAACUGUUCUUAUAUUUAACCUAAUGAAUCAAUUCAGAAGGUGGCUCUUUGGUUCCAUAGGGUUAGGCUUAGGGUUAGCUCUAGAAGCAAAUCGUGUUUGGAUUCUAGAAUCCAGCAUUAGAUUUUCCGGACGAAGCGAAUCCUGAGAAUCUUAUAUUGUAUUCUCCAAAACAAUAAAAACAUCUUAAGUUUUGUUAAACUCAGUCAGUACCGUAUUUUCUUUAGAAAUAGCCAAUUAAUUCACUUAGAGCUGGUAAUAGCUAAAUCAGUGAACAGCAAACGGCUAAGUUGAAGCGUUGCUUUCAAGUUAUAGUAAGCAAAAGAAAAUGUAUAUGAUACAGGUCUGGAUUUAUCGAUGGUCCGAUUGCUGCUGCAUGUAUACAGUUGAACAAAGCCAACAACAACAAAACAACAACAAUAUUGUGAGGAAUCAUGAAAUAUUAUGACAAACCAAAAAUUAAAUUCAAGAUUAAGCGCGUAUAGGGAUUAAGGGUAUCAAGGUUACUUAAAGGUGAAAGUUAACUUACUUUAACCUUUGGUUCAAAUGUCCCGGGGGAAAUUCUCAUAUAUGAGCGGGGAUGGUCGUCGUCUCGUUUAGGGGUGCAAAUUAAUUGCAGAUUUCAGUAUCACUUAGGGUGUUCAUCAUGGAAUGCCAAUAUUUUUACGAGGGCUGUACUCAGUUCCUAUUUGGUUGUAUGUUUGAAAAAGGUAUUCUUAGGGGCCAUGUCAAGCCUGAGCCACGCCUAGAUCGACCUCCAUCUUCGGUGUAACUCCAAUUUUCCUUUGAACCUUUCCGCCCAUUUCAACGAUGCUAAUACGGUACAAACUUUCGCGUCCCAAACUGACUCUUACCCUCUUGUUGUGGUCUUUUGCUACGUAAUAAUGAAACUUCAAGUUAUCGUGUCAACGUUAAUUUUUACUCGCAGCUUGUAAAACUGCUCCAAAGCGCGAGGGAUGUGUCAAUCGGGGUGCCAGGAGAAGGAAAGGAGGAUGGUGGUUCAUCGCUUGAUAUACAGGAACGUCUGUUAUCCAAGUGUGCUUUGUUUGUGUGCAACAAAUGGGACUCCGUCCCGGAGAAAGAUGUGCGACCCGUUAAGAAUGAAGUUAUAGAGAAACUCCAAAGGGUCUGGCCUGGUGUUGAUCCCGAUUCACAGAUCAUUUACAUGUCAACCAAGAAAGCUGGUGAUGCUCAAAGAAUUGGUGUUAUCUCCAAAGAAUUUUCCUCUUUAAUGGAAGGAUUGAGGUCAUUGGUCUUGCAGAGUAUAGAAGCAAAGCUGGAACUUCAUUGGCAGUAAGCUUUAUUAUGCAUGUUUUGUCCACCCUCACUGUGAAACAUUUAAUGUCACAAAAUAUUUCAGGGCAAGGAAGAAUAGUGUACCAUUUUUGUACAGAGGAGUUUCCGUUUAGUGCUCAAACACAAAUGAAAUAUUGGUUUUCAAAUCAGAGGAACGGACACCUAAAAACGCCUGCGGGGGAGGCUAGUUUGUAGCCUGCGAACAGCAGGCGCAUUUCCGGUCGUGAGAAGCGACGACCGGAAAUACGUCUGCUGUUCGCAGGCUAACACGUGUGUACCAGGUGUAAAUUUUCGAAUAUUUUACAGGAUUGAUUACAUCCGCGGAUUCACAAAUGCGAUUUUUUUGUUGUUGUGAGAAGGGGAAGGGCCAGGGGGCUGGGGGAUGGGAGAAGAGAGUAGAAGUUAUAGUUUGGUAGAGGUUUGACGUUGACUAUUUCUGAAUUCCGAAAGGUAUUUCAUGUCACACUUGGCACGGCUAGUGCUUAAGCCUUCAACACUGGAAAUAGCUGUUCUCUCACAAUACCAUCUGCAUUCGCUUUGUUUCUUCGACUUCUCCGCGCUUCCCUUUCGGUGUCGAAGAAAUGUGCAUUGCCCUUUGUAUAGUGUGCAAACUACAGACCUCUUAUACGGUUAUUAUGGUGAAGAGAGUUGAAUUAGAGAUAACAGUCAGCUGAGUCAGUAUCAGUUCACUUCCUGCAGGCUAAGGUACCAGCUGAAACAACUGGAAAGUAACACCUUCAAAAACUAGUCCGCGUCAAACCACACCAUCCCCUGACGACAACUUUUAUGACUGAUAUGUUUAAACAGAGCAAAAGCUAUUAUAAAAAGAAUAGUGCGUUAGCAAGAGUAGUUAUCUUCUUUUUUUCUUGACUUUUUGAGUCUAUAUCUAUCCUGUUGAACCGAAGGAUUUUUACAGCAGGGUCGUAACAUGGUAUAUCCGGGAACCACCGAUUCCUAUUUUCUUGCCGUUAUUUUGUUCCCUGAGCCCCUUUUCCCCAAAAUUUUGAUCCCUGAGCCCUGAUAAAAAAUUGAUCCCAUCCAUGUUUUACACAAAAUUUUAACUUAGACAACUUUGUGUAUCUCCAAAUAUAGAAUAUAGAACAUGUUCAAAUGGGCUGAUGAGAAAAACAUCAACUUUGAUUUUUAGUGCAAGUUGUAUAGGUUCUAUCAGAGCUUUAAAGGUCAAUAUGAGUCAACCCCUUUUUGUGCAUUACUCUAUUUAAAACACUUUAAAAAUGUUUGGCGAUACUAUGCAAAGGAUAAAACCUGAUUUUCUUGAACGGGAGCUUUAGUAAGAUAAGUAAGUUAGCUUUCCAAUUCUUGUGCCGUACGAACGUCGGCCAUGUUACUGGUCUACAAUAUUGAUGUUAAUAAAGUGUAAUCGUUUGUCUCACGAUUCAGUCACUUGAUGAUGUAGAUCGCGACGUUUCAACUGCGUACUUAAAGACCUUGCCUUGCUAGUCUUCGUCGACUGGUCACACGUGAACUUAUAUGACUCCAAGCUCUGGUUCUGGUUGGUCGAUUAUUAGCCGCUGAGAUUGGUGCAUUUCUCACUCCGUUGUUUGUAUGAGCUUUUGCCUCACUGGUGCGCUGCCGUACGAAUCUAUUGCUUUGUUUCUUGAUUAAGGGCAACCAAACUUCUGGACUUUCUAUUCUGCUACCCCUGUUGAUGUUGAGAGUGUAGUCUUAUGUGAAUUUCCUCUUUCACUCUGUGUGUGUUACAUUGAGGAUCACGAUCAAUUACCAAUAGCAAAAUACCUGCUUUACAUGAAGUAGAAAAAUUAAAUGAUGCAAGCCACAGGUUCUACAGUUUUUAAAACAGCUUUUCUGUGUCAAGCCCAUUAAUGCCGGCUUUUCCUGGUUUACUAACCAUUGUAGAUUGACAGAGGACACUUCUGGUUUUAGGUCUUUCAGACCUACUCCUUCCAGCUUCGAAUCUAAUUGGCUCUGAAAAGGUGCGCACCUGAGCUUACUCCCUUUCCUCUUCGUCACCACCUGACGCAUGUGAAUCAUCUGAUUCAACUGACCCCUGGAGCAAUGCAACUAGGCGUUGCUCUUGAAGGCAGCUCAAACAGAAGUUGUUUCCAUCUUUUAUGAUUUGAACUUUCCCGAUGAUACACUCAGAUGAAUUUUUAUCGUCACGGUGCCCAAUCUGGUAUACAACGGGAUCUUCCUCUGACUGUUCCAGCUAUCUCAAACCCAUGUGAUCUUCCAGGAAUGCGUCACCGUUAUGGUAAAGAUCUUUUAAAAGAACUGCAAGGAAGAAAGGAAUGAUAUACCUCUUGUAAUUGUGCUUGACAGCAACUACGUCGCCUUUUGAAUAGAUAAUCUCAUAUUCUUCGGCUGCGUCUUGAACUGUAGUUUGUCGGUCCUUCACUCCCUUGAACCUCUUUCAGCAGAUCGACUUCUCCAUGUGCCGACGCAUUCCUUCUGAACAUACUCAGAGCAAGUGGAAGUGUACCAGCUCUUUGUUUGGUCUUCCUUCUUGUUCUUUGCUGUCGUACACCCCGUCCGAAUUCUUUCGCAAAGCUCUGCAAUGCCUUCCUGUAUCGCUCUUUUCCCUCCCCGCUCGUUUCCUCGUCCAUACCCUCCUUAAGGUUUACUCUUGCCGUGCGACUUUCGAAGCCAUUCCGGUGCCUUUGGACCAAGCUUUGUCUGUGUGUAAUGGGUUUGAGGACCGGUAUAAAAGAUAAAUGAGGAUUGGUAGAGCCUCUCUAUUGAUUCUAAAAGACAGCUGGGCCGCCGCGACGCGUAGUCGUUCAGAGCGGGUGUUCUCUCUCCACUAAAAAAUUCAGGCUCCAAAUCUAAGGUGGUGAUACCUUAGAUAAGCCGAAGAAAAUAAACCAUAAAGGCUUUGUUACUUUUAUUUCACCGAGGUGAGUCUUUGGUGUUCCACUUGUUUUCACUGAUUCUACACUGUAAUUUCAGACUAUUUAUCAUACAAGCAUUUAUCGUUUAUACAGUAAUGGAAUGCGAUGUGUCCUUUACUUUCCCGGCCCAAUACUAGUACUGGUAGGUGAACCGAUCUCGGUUUCUCAUCAGAGUUCGAGAUAACCCUAAAACUCCAUGCAAUUAGAGCACAUUUAUUAAAUUGCGAGAAAGCAUUUAUUUUGCAACAAAGCGCGCGAAUUCAUUGCACUUUUGUAUUCUACUUUUGACGUCCAUUCUAAUUAUUUAAGUACUUUUAAGAGUUAAGUUACUGGUCAAAAAAUACGAACCUCGAUUUAUAGUCGCCUUGUGACUUGUUUGAGGCGAUGAGGCAAUCGGGACCUAUACAGUAAAUUCCGCUUUCAAUGAAUCGGUUUGUCUAUUGUCCUGGCGGUAUUGUUAUGUUUGAUCGGCCGAAAAACCCUAUGCUUGGACCUUUGCCAGGAGUAAAUCAGUCAAGAAAGUACUUACGUACCUUUCUCUGUCACAGGAUUUCUUUGUGUCCUUUUUCUUCUUCCCCAUUUCUCGUCAACAAAGAUAUGUAGAAAUCGCUUUCUCUGCCUUCUGGCGUUGACAGCGCGUUGAGAAGUUGCGUUACAAAGCGAGAAAAGUGACUUGAGAUUCAUAUUACGGUGCCCUCAACAAUUAAUAAAUUAAGAAUAUGAUACUAUGUUUUCGUCAAACAACCAGGACUUCGUUUGACAGGAACUUCCGCCAGCCGGAAGCAAGAAUAGGUAAUGUACCUCGGCCCAAAAUUCUGCUGGACACAAACCUUAUUACGCGCAAAAAUAUUGUGAUAAGAGAUUUUUAGACUGCGUAAUAAAUCUGAUCCCUGAUUCGGGCUCAAAAACCUUGUGAUCCCUGAUCCCAGUCAUAUUUUGGGCUUUGAGCCCUGAGCCCAUAUACCAUGUUACGACCCUGUUACAGACAUUGACAUAUGUUUUAGCAAGUGACAUAAAUUCAAUUUGUUGAAAUUUUGAGAAGGAACGUAAAAGUUAAAGGUUUUGCGAAAAUAAUUUCCGGCCUUAAUUUUUCUGAAUCAAGACUGCAAUAUUUUUUGUUAUAGAUGGCUUUACAAACUUCUUUCGAGGAUUUUUAUUCAAGCAAAAGUGUUUGAAGUAAACGCUUCAAAGAGCCCCGAGAAAAUCAAGGAAAGACUGGUUAAAAUUUUUAACCGCCUAGAGAAGAUUGAAAAUGAUCUAGGGAAAGGCGGAAAAGACCUCCGCGAAUCGUUCAGAGAACAAGUCAACAGCGUUGUGCAUCAACUCUGCCAACAUUUUUUGUCACGCGACAUAGAAGAACGGUUUACAUGUUGGUCUGAAGAAGACGCUCCAGAUGUUGAUGCCUGGUCGUGGAAGGAAGUGGAAGAGUAUGUAAACGCCGCUUUGUCCAGACGGUUUCUAGAAAUUGUAGAUCAGUGGGAGGAGAAAAACAAAGUGUUGUCAACUGCUCGUAUUUCCCUCAUGGAGCAGUUUCAAAAUUACCUUAAUAAUGUCGAAUUCAAAUUACAGAAUGUUCAAACCGAAGCCGCUGUUGAUGAUGCUAACAAUCCAAACAAGUUAGCCUUUAGAAUUCAAUUUUCAUUUUGGCAGCAAGCCCUGGGCUGGCUCGAUUACCUAACGGGCCGCACACCGCGCUUGAAGAUCGAACUCCUUUCAGAAUGGUACUCAUUGAUAUUAAGGCACGUGUCUUCGGACAUUCUUGGUGGUAGUUUAGAAAGGAAGCUUAAACCGGUUGUGGAAGACAAAUUAAAGGAUGCUAAGCUUUUCCUUGAUAGAAUUGAAGCUCGCCUACAAGAGCGGAUCGAGGCGGACAGGCAACUUUAUAAGCAACUCUAUCAACGACCGGCUCGCUAUGGGCCUGUGUUCUAUGAAGCAAAACAGCAAAGGGAACAACUGGCAAAAUUUGGCUUGAGCGAAGUUUGUGCUGUAAAAAUCGAUAGCAAGGAAUUGGAGUGGAAAGAAGAAGCAUCUUCCUACCUUGGCCGUGGUGCAUUUGGUGCCGUUUACCAAGGAACGAUGAAACGAGAUGGAGAGGUCACAAUAGUAGCAUUGAAGGUGUGGAAUGAGGCGCCUCAUGCCGCAAAUGCAAAAGAAAUCAUGGAGGAGAUAAAAAAUUUGAGGUAAUGAUUGUACACUCACUAGUCCGAAACAGCUGUACUUCCACAUAUAUACUUUUUUCUAUACCGUUUGUGUUAGUACAGUACUUGCCUGUCGUGUUCCUUAGCGAAAAACAGUUGAAAUCUAUCGUCCGACGAGUGUUACAUAUUUUUGUGUAUUUUUGCUACCAGUUGGAGUCCGUGCAAGUUAAGUAAUUCGGCUCUUUUUUCGAUUCUUAUAUAGCAGCAGUCGGUGAUUCCUCGCGUCAUAUUCUUGAGUUCUGCAUUUUUGACGAAACAGCUAGGUUGCCACGCCAUCGUGGAUAGUGUUUGCUGAUAUUCCGUCAGUUAUGAUUGACGUCAAUGAUAAAAUACAGUGGAAAAUCGAUAUAACUAAGGGCCAAAGAACUCUGGGAACAUGUGCUAAUAAUAAUAAUUAAUAUUAUUAUUCAUUCUAAAUAUUUCUCCGUAUUUGAUUCGCUAAAAGCACACGCAUAAUUCACCAUAACCACCAUAACCACCAUAACCACCUACACUGUAAAAUUCGACUAGUUAAAAUGUAACAGCCAAACAUCAAGGUUGUCCAUUUUUUACUGUAUUUCUAACCAUAAAAACUUCAUCCCAAAAUGUCUCGAUAAUGCUCUUACAGAUUUUGCUCAAACUUAAACUUCAUGAAUCUCGAUAACACUCUCACAGAUUUUGCUUAAACUUCACGAACAUCAAGGCGGCAAUUGGAGGAAAAAGCAACCCUGAACGAUUUUGGAUGAAGGGUUCCCAGUGCCGAGAAAUACUGCUGCAAGUAAAAUAAGUAAUAGCAUCAUUUCGUUGCGGUGACAACUCCGAGGUCAUUGCAAUCCUGAUCAUAAAAAAUUUUCAUCUUUAUCUAAUACAACUGUAGUGGCAAUUUUUCCAAAUCUUUGUUUAUGGCGAUCGACCUAGUUUAUGCCCAAACCUGGGAGGUAAUGACCCUGAAAAACUGUAUUGAGCCACCUUAAUGUAAACAGCUUGAAAUUUAGUUGGAAAUGACUGAUUUUGGCAAGCCUGCUCCAAGCAUUAGGAUCAUAGGGAGUGGCAACAAGUGAAGAGCAGAGUGAGAAAAAAAAAGGAAUAGGGGAAAGAAUGUUCCUGGUCUCCUGCAACCAUUUCCUUACUUUCUGGACUUUGCUGCUCCCCACCAUCUGAAUGCCUUGAACAGGCUAUAUUUUAGGAAAUUUGAUGUGAAGAAGUGAUAAUUUGCAUGAUCACAGUUGAGCUGAUCCCGAAAUGUUAGACAAUUUGGUAACGUCCCUAAGGGAGUUCCCUUAAAAUUGGUUUAAUGCUAAAAUCCUCCAAUUCGUUCUAUUUAACAUUGCCACUUUUGCUUUAACAGUAUAGAUUAGUUUUAAUUGUUUAAUGCUGUGGAUAAUUUCCGUGAAUUGUGUGCUCAGAACUGUUUAAGCACUCAAUUUGACCAUCAUAUCAUUUAAAUACAGUUACAGUUAAAUAUAUCAAUAUUGGCAGUUGAAAAAAAUAGAGUUAAGUCCCCAUAUCUGGAAAUAUAAGGUUUAGUCCUAUAUUUUGCAUUCUAGGACGCCAUUUUUUUAAUUGAAUGUAUACAUUUGACUGCAUGUAUGUUUAAUAAAGAUGCAACCGAAUUUGUUCGUCAGUGUGGUCUAUUUGAUCGUGUUAUUUUAACCCUCUUACAGGGGUUAAAUCUACUGAUUAUUUAAGGUGAAAUUAACAAUUUCUUGUAACCUAUUCUUUUUUAGUUAUAUUAACAAAAAGUAACUAAAAAAAAUGGGUUCUCUCAGAUGCAUCCCCGGUAGCAUUUUAAAUAGUUGAACUAACUGAUUUAAAUGGUCUCUAACUGAAUAAAUUACGUUAUUUCAACCAAAAAUAUUGGUCAUUCUAACUUACAAUAAACUGGUCAAAACUACCGUUUAUCAAUAGUUAAAACAACCUAAAUAUUGAACUGAGAACAACCAAACAAAAAGGUGAAAAUAACCCUGUUGAUAGUUAUUUUAACUGCUUUUAAAUUAGUUAUUUUAAAUCAAAAGAAUCCAGUUAUUUCAAACCAAUCUAAAUUGGUCAAUCUGACCAAAACAAAAGGAUUCUCUCAGAUGCAUUUUGCAACCAUUUUUAUUGGUUAUUUUAACUAGUCAAAUUUUACAGUGUACUGUAGACCACAUUUGGAAAAACUUUGCGAUGACGUCAAAAGUGCAGCAAAGUGCAGGUUAACGCGCCGUUAACCGAGAAGACCUGGGGACGAGGUUGGGUUGUUUUGGUUGUGAAGACAAAAAUGGCGGAACAGUCUGCGAAACAUUUUACUUGUUUCAUGACGAACUAUUGUCUAAAAGCAUAACAAGAAGACAACUCGACAGAUUAACAUCUGCUAUUUGGAGUACAUUUGCAGACCUAAACAGCCCUUUAUCUUCUCAACAUCCACCGUAACUAUCGAGGUGAAUUUAACAUCGACGAAGGUAAGCAUGUUUUAGCUUGUUUUUAAUCUAGGAAUUAUUUUGAAUGAAUAAUAAAUUAAUUAAUGAAUUCGGCUUUCGUAGGAUAUGAAGAAUUAGGCAGAUCUCGGUGAGAAUAAUAACAUAUAAUUUUUUUCCAAGCUUGCGAGCGGGCGGAAUCCUCCAACUCUUGCAAUCUGAUUGGUUCCGAGAGCGGGCGGGAUUUUACGAUCUUGCCCGCUAACCCGGGCGAAAUCGUUGGCAGCUUCAUUCACAAGUUUGUUUGUUGUUUGUGAAUGAGCAGGAACCGUCAUUUUCCAACCAUUUUUCUCUUAAAACUUGCCCUAUUAUUAGCAUUAGCUAGGGAAAAGCGAAUUUUAUUAUUCAGACAAAAAAUCUGAAGGAAGAAUCAAGUAAGUCAGCCAGGAAAAUUAAACCGCUAAAGUAAAGCAAAACAGACGGCUCGUGAUGUCGUUUAGCUUUUUAACCGAGCUGACAGUAAGUACAGUAUGUGGUCCUUGGUCCGCGCAAGUCCGCGAUGCCCUUUUCCGAAAAUGAUAAAAUAUUUCGUCGAGAAAAAAAAAUACGUUGAAUAAUGAAAGAUAUCGUGAUUUACUGAUUAGCAUUCUUUCAUAUGACGAAGUUUCAGCUUUCUUGCUGUGGGUGAAGGCGCGAAAUUAAAGUUUGUUGACAGGUAGGUUAAUUUGUCUUUCUUGAAGUUUGGAUUUUUGCGGCACCGUAAAUUACAUGGUCAUGUUUACUUAGCCUGCGAAUAAAUAAAACGCAACGGGAAGACGUGCCUUUUUGCAGAACAGGUUUUCAGAUCAACUUACUUCUGCUGUUGGAAGCAUAUUGCUGUAGACUCUGAAUUUUUUGUUUUAUCGACUCUUGAAAAAUAUCACCAAAUUUCGCUUAGCGGUCCUUCGUCCCCAAAAUAAAAAGCGACGGCCUUUGUUUUCGAAGAUUGUUUUGAAAAUCUUCCCUAUACAUGUCUAAAAGUUCUCUUUUAUAUACCUCGAACACAUACAGAGUUUUUGGUAAUUAUUUUCGACCGCGCUGAAAACCGUUCGUCGACGCUCGUGUGGGAGACUCGAGGUGACUGUUGUAUGAAAAAAAAGCAGAUUAUUUUAUACUCACAACAUCUUCCGAAAAAAACUUUAGCUUAAUUGCAUCAAGAAAAGAAAAAAAUACAUGAAAUAUUUUGAAAUCACGUUUUCGUGUGGAAACUAUAACAUUUUUUACGUUUUUUUCGUGCUGCUUACCUGAGACGCGGAUCAAGGACCACAUUCGCGGAUCAAGGACCAUUGAAAACGGUCGCCAUUUUUCGAAUUCCAUGCAAAAUAUCUAUAUCUGGUACUUGAAACUUCAGAAUUAUUGAGAGGAACAUAAAAGCUAUCUUCAGGGAGUAUUUCAGUUGUCAUUUCUUUGUUCAUAACUUGUUACUCACAUCGCCAUCUUUUAUUCGAUUUUAAUUCAAACCCUUAAAAUUGGUAUCUGUAAUUAGCUCUUUUUACAAAGUCUUUGUGCAGUUUUCAUCCCACUCGCAAUUUUUGAAUUAUUCAGCCGAAGAAAAUCCUUGCUGUUUUUUUUCCUGGCCCUAAUAAUGUCAAGCUCGUCAAUUCUUUUAUCCUUGUUUGACACUCAGGUUGGAGAGUGAAGGAAAAUUUUCCCGAAACUUUUAAAUUUCAGUUGGAAAAAAAUAAAAAUGUUAUUCACCGGCCUAGGUCGGUCUGUAUUGGGAAAAACUGUGCCCUCGGUCUGAGUACCGAGACCUCAAGACCUCGGGCACAGUUUCUCCCAAUGCGGACCUCCCAGCUGGUGAAUAACAUAUCUAUAUAUAUAAUAAUACUAGUUCAUUAAUUAAUUAUUGAUGAUUUAUUUUCGUCUUCUCUGUUAAUAAGAUUGCUAAACCACCCUCACAUUGUGAAGUUCUAUGGCAUAUUACUUGACAAAGAAACUUCACAAACGGCUUUGGUCAUGGAAAAGUGUAAAGGAAACUUAAAGAACCACAUCUUCAGCGGUCCAGAGUCAGUUCCUGGCAAAUCUGAAAACCCCGCUGUCUUCAGAGACGUAUGCCGUUGUGCAAAAGAGAUCACCGAUGGUUUGGCUUUCAUGCAUGCGAUGGGAGUCGUACACAGCGACCUCAAGUUGGAAAACAUCCUGGUACUAAUCGUAUAAGAAUACAUGUAUUUUUUCACGAUUGUAUUGUCGAAGUUUAAUUUUGGCACUCGCAAACCGUAGUGAAACAAGAGGGCCCUAAGUGUGGUAUACAUGAUAUGCCUAUUAUCGGACUUCUCAGGGCACCCAGUGUGGUAGGAAUCUUGAAACGAAAUACAUAGAAGAUUGCUUGGCCUAUGAACAAAGCGUACUUCAAGUUUAAGCGCACUCUUACUUAUAAUGAAACUUUCUUGAUAAAUUUUACAGAAUAUUUCGGUGCCAUUAAGAUAUUGAAAGUAUUUGAGUUAGACUCGACUUACCUGAGAUCAGGCCGAAUUUUAGUAAUUCUGAUAUUGCCUCUGUGAGGCAGGAUCAGAACUACUAGGUCCCACAAGUCAACAGUUACCGGCACCUUUCAAACGAUUUAUUGACGGACUCAAGCAAAACUGACUACAAGAGAAUGACUGGACAGUCGGUAAUUUGAAAUAAACGACGGUUAGGUCUGUGACAGAAGACGGAUCGAAACGCCUGCAAUGACUUUACGAGUCUUCAUAGCUAAUAAUAUCACGGCUUAACUGACAGACGACCAAUAACAUCUCGAAUUAAUUUGCCAAUCAGGUCAAUACCCAGAGUUUGAUACCAUGAAUUGACUUGAUACAACUCACUUUGACUCUGAAGAUGACCAACGCACACUGACAGGUUGUCGAAAAAAGGUCAGUCACUGUCAACAACAACAGACCUAUUCAGGAGUACGCUCACCCGUAUGAUCAUGCUCCACCUUCUAAUUAUGGACUGUCUCGCUCUCUUGCCCAUGUCAAUUUUAAUCAUUUUUAGCUUGUAAAAUAAACCCUGAUCUCAGGUAGGCUCGACCAUAUGAGUGCACCCAAAAUCAAACUGCUCUGUAAGUACUUCACGUUGCGAUUUUAGUGAGCGGCCUGCCGCCUUGAAAAGUGCUCUUGGUUCACCAUUAUUGUUACUGAGAACCUGUUUACACGAGUCCAGACAAAAAAGGACGAAAAUUUGCACGGAUCCGUCUUUCGUUUACGUGAGACCCGCGGAACUGUGCAAUUCAGUUUUUAACAGCAAACCGUACUGCAAUCUGUAUAUAGCAUAUUUUUUUCAGGCUUUCUUUUCGCAGCUGCUUAUGUUGCGUCUAUAACUGCGAUGAUCUUCUUUCAUAUAAUCCUUCGCCCCGCAGUUCUCAUAUAUGAUUUUUAUAUAUUCAUGACUUCAUCAUCAUCCUUUCAGGGGGUUUAUAACGAACCAGCAAAAUUGGUAGAGCGCUGCACCGGUAUCGCAGAGGUCAAAGGUUCGAAUCCCGUUUAAGCCGAAUUUUUUUCAGGCUUUCUUUUCGCAACUGCAAAAGUUGCGUCUAUAGCUGCGAUGAUCUUCUUUCAUUUAAGAAUUUGCAGGGUUCAGUAUUAACGGGUUGCACAGGUGAAAAUCCGUCCUUUAAAAAUUUGUCGGGACGCGCGUAAAUGGGGUCUGAGAGAAAUGAAGAAAAAAGUACAGUCACUGCACUCUUCUAAAAGUCUAUAUUCCUUGUCCCAUUAAAGCUGACUGACGAAAACACAGUGAAGAUUGCUGACGUGGGCCUGGCUAAAGCAGAAAUAGACAUCACCGGUACCUAUACGGGAACCCCUGUUUAUAUGGCACCUGAAGUGUUCCGUUCCCAAGUAUACGGCACCAAGGCAGACAUCUACAGCCUGGGGCUGUUAAUGUGGGAGAUGUGGUACGGACAGCGGGUCUUUGCUGACGCUCCAGUAACAACGCUGCUAGAAUUCUUUGAGUGGGUGGAUAAAGGCAACCGUCCAGUUCACAGGCAGAGCUGCAAGAAGCCUCCAUUCUUCUGGGACGAGCUGAUGACAGAGUGUUGGGACAGUAGUCCAGAGAAACGCCCCACAGCCAGAGAAUGUAACCAAAGAAUAGUCGGGGACUGAUACUAAUGCCUGAGCCGUUAUAGGAUAAAGUGAUAAACUAGCAUUUGUCAGAGCUUUGUGGCAAAAUUCAAGAAGCUUCAAAAGAAGGACUCAAAAAUUCGUAAGAGGCAAGGUUUCUCUAUUGUCAAUCUCAAAAGAGGCAGGCACUCAAAAACCCAUAGAAAUUCGAUAAAAAUAAUGCAUGUAACCGACGCUAAGAACAAGGUUACUCAUAUAUUCAGAACUCGGAAAUAGAUAGUUGUAGUUAGCAAUUUAUCCACUAUUACUAGCUACUCUUGUACAAUGUAGCUUCAUGGUAAGCAACAAGAGCUUUAUUCUCUCUUGUAGUCAAAUCUCGAAUUGUUUUAACAAUUACACUUUUUGUUAACAGUACUUUCAGGAAAGCAAUAGAUAACAACAGAAUGAAGCUCCCGAUGAUAAUUUUUUUCAUUUACUUUUUGAGACAUGGCUCCAAGAAAUCAAUGAGUUGUCGAAGUAAUCAGUGGAAACUAUAAAUAUAGGUUGAUGUUAGUCUAGUU